AGUAGUCUAAAAUCAAAACAUUCUUCCCAAGAAGCAAACUCUUCAAUUCUCUUCUCUUCCACUCUCCCUCAUUUCCAGCCUCCCCUUUUCUUCAUAUCAAUGACUAUAAAUGUGGUCAUAAUCAUCGUCUGAAAGCUUUAGUUCCAUGCCUCUAAGUUACAAAUACUAUGUCUUUCUCACUUUAUAAUUAGGCCUGACACCAAAUUUCCUCCACUUAUCCCUGUCCAUGGCCACUCUUUCCCCUUUGUCCUCUCCCUUUCCACACCCAAAUACUAGUUCAAAGCUUCAGUCUCCAAUGCUGCAACCUUUUUUAGAGCAAGUAGAAGCACACCAACAUCAGCUGCAGCCACAACAAGCUGCUGUUGAACAGGUUGAUGAUGAGCCUCUUCAUGGUUCGUCUAUCCAAAGCCCCGAAGUAGGUGUUUGUUCAAAUCAUUCAUCUGUCAAUCAUUCGUCAACCGCAUACCACGUUUCGUUCAAUCAAGACUGCAGCUGUUUUGCUAUCGGCACUGAUCGUGGUUUUGGAGUAUUUACCUGUGACCCUUUCUGUGAGUCCUUUUGUCGAUACUGUGAAAAUAUAGGUGGCAUUGGAAUUAUUGAAAUGCUCUUCCGCAGCAAUAUAUUAGCCUUUGUUGGACGUGGAGACCAUCCACAGUAUCCUCGAAACAAGGUCAUGAUUUGGGAUGAUAACCAAAGCCGCUGCAUCAGUGAGCUCUGUUUCCGGUCGGAAGUGCGCAGGAUCAGGCUUCGGCAGGACUGCAUUGUGGUAGUGCUUGAGCAGAAGAUAUUUGUCUACCACAUUUCUAAUCUGAAGUUGUUGUUUCAGAUUGAAACAACUGCGAACCCAAAGGGGCUCUGUGAGGUUUCACAAGCUGCUAGUCCACUUGUAUUGGUAUGCCCUGGUCUGCAAAAGGGUCAAGUUCGGGUUGAACAUUAUGCAUCAAAAAGCACAAAAGUUAUUGUAGCACAUGACUCAAUGCUUGCAUGUUUUGCUCUUACGAGGGAAGGCAACCUGCUGUCAACAGCAAGCACCAAGGGUACACUAAUCCGGAUUUUCAGCACGCUAGAAGGUACAUUGUUGCAGGAGGUAAGGAGAGGCUUGGAUAGAGCAGAAAUAUAUAGUGUUUCAUUCUCUCCAACUGCUCAGUGGCUAGCUGCCUCCAGCGACAAAGGCACUGUUCAUGUCUUCAGCCUCAAGGUCAAUCUAGUGAACUUGAGUACUAACAAGUCAAAUAGUUCACCCCACUCCCGUGUUCCUGUGGUGGCCUCUAGUUCACUCUCUUUCAUCAGAGGAGUUCUUCCAAAGUAUUUUAGCUCAGAAUGGUCCGUGGCUCAAUUCCGACUUCCUGGAGUGUCUCAAUACAUUGUUACGUUUGGUAACGAAAAGAAUACGCUGAUAAUUCUUGGCCGGGAUGGAAGCUUUAUUAGAUGCAAGUUUGACCCAGCAUCUGCCAAAGAGAUGACUCAGUUGGAAUAUCACAAUUUUCUGAAGAACCUUGUAAUGUAAAGGAUGGAUGACGUCUGUGCCCAAGAAGGCUUUACCCCCUCUUUGCAAAUAGCCUAGUAAAUGGCGUUUUAAGUUCCGUAUAUAGCUUGAGAUAACAUAACAAGUUAGUAGUAUAUACGACCAACAGUUUAUGCCCCUAAAAGAAAGAUUUUGUAGUCAUAAAUGAAAAUAUAUAUUCAGAGCUUAGAACAACAAACAGUUACUAGUUCUACUAUCUAUAUCUAAUAUAAGAGACAGUUAGCUGGAA